AUGCACGCCCGCAUUCCCAACCUGAGUGAAGUCACACAUAUGUACUAUUGUGCUUAUGCUAACACGACGGCAUACAGUGAAAAUGUGAUGCAGAUAAAGGAUAUUAAUGUUGAGAUGACGUACAAUGCUGUUCAUGCAACAGAUACGCUCUGCUCAGAGCUCAACUUCCUUGUCUUGCAAAUUGGCACCAAUUUAUGUGGACCUAGUGUUCGCCAACUGCUCAGGGGGGGGGGGGGAUUACUGACCUUGGAGAAUUAUGGCGUAGCUGUCUUUCAAUACAAAGACCAGAUUGAGAUUAAUCCUCAAUUAGAAGAAGACAGUCCGCGCAUACCCUCGCCUUAUGGUGACGAGAUUUUCUAUUAUGCCCAAGUGGAUCUCAUCAAGAAUGCUGCCAAAGGCAAGACAUGA